AUGUCAGACACGACACCGACCUCUUCAGACGACCGUCUAUUGACGGCCGUCAUCGCCGAACAUCUCCCCUCGGGCUAUGGUACCUCGUUCGACGGCACUCCAACCCUUUCCAGUGGCGACCUCCCCAGCCAAAACCCCAAACAACCUGCUUCCCCGAGCGUUCACGCCAACGACGCCGAUGAACCGCAAGAGGUUUCCUCCCUCCUCCUCCCCGGCGGCGAUAUCCACCGCGAUCUUUACAAGAUUUCCGCCAGGGAACAGGGUGUCAAGCGCGCCCAGACGUUCUCGCACCCUCGGCGCACCGAGUCCGGCCAUGAGUCCGAUCUCGCCGCUGCCGACAUGUUGAUGCCGCAGGGCUUCCGCCGCCAGUUCGUAAUGCAGAAGCACAACUUCACGGCUGCGAAUCUGCCCAUCACGAGGAAUUUCGUCGAGUUUCUAGACUUUUACGGUUCCUUCGCCGGUGAGGAUCUCGCGGACUCGGACGAGGAGGCCAUCGCAUCGGACGACGAGGAUGAGGAACAAGGUCGAACACAGCCGUCAGAAACAAGGCCGCUGCUGGGGCGGAGGAAGUCGUCGCGCUUCGCCCGCAAGGCCGGCGAUGCGAGCACUACCAAGACGUUCUUCACUACUCUCAAGGCUUUCAUCGGCACGGGUAUCAUGUUCCUCCCCAAGGCCUUCAAAAAUGGUGGCAUCCUCUUCUCAUCGCUGACCAUGCUUGUCGUCGCCGCCAUUUCCAUGGCUGCUUUCCACUUGCUUCUGCAAUGCCGCAGCCGAUACGGUGGCGGUUACGGUGACCUGGGCAAGGAGAUUUCUGGUCCAAGGAUGCGAUCCCUAAUUCUUGCUUCAAUCACUCUGUCGCAGCUCGGCUUCGUCUGCACGGGCUUGGUGUUCGUGGCAGACAACUGGUUCUCCUUCCUGAACGCCGUCACCAACGGUGCCAAUCCUCUCAGCUCAACCGCUCUCAUCGCUCUACAGGCCAUCAUCUUUGUGCCCCUUGCCUUUAUCCGCAACAUCUCGAAGCUCGGUCCUGCUGCCCUCCUCGCCGACGUCUUCAUCGUCUUGGGCGUGGGCUACAUCUGGUGGUAUGAUAUCUCCGCUCUUGCGACCCGCGGCAUGGACCCCUCCGUCAAGCUCUUCAACCCUUCUUCAUACACCCUCACUAUCGGUGCCUCCAUCUUUACGUUUGAGGGCAUCGGCCUCAUCAUCCCCAUCCAGGCGAGCAUGAAGAAACCCUCCCAUUUCGAGCCGCUCCUCGCCGGUGUCAUGCUUCUCAUUACCUGCGUGUUCACAUCUGUCGGCGCCCUCUGUUACGCCACCUUUGGCGACCGCACCCAGAUCGAGGUCAUCAACAACUACCCGCAGGACAGUCGCCUCGUCAACGCCGUGCAGUUUAUGUACGCCCUCGCUGUACUGGUGGGUAAUCCCGUUCAGCUGUUCCCGGCCAUGCGUAUUAUCGAAGGCAAGAUUUUCGGCUACCGCUCGGGUAAGAAGGACUUGGUUACAAAGUGGAAGAAGAAUGCUUUCCGCACGGCUCUCGUGGCCGUCUGCAUCGGCGCCUCCAUUGCUGGCUCGGCCAACCUCGACCGUUUUGUCGCGCUCAUUGGUUCGUUUGCAUGUGUGCCGCUUGUUUAUAUUUAUCCUCCGUACUUGCACAUGAAGGGUAUUGCAGAGACAAAGAAGGAGAAGAUAUACGAUAUGGCGCUGAUGGCCCUUGGUCUGGUCGGUAUGGUGUACACCACUGCCAUUACCUUGGUCACCAGUUUCCUGUAA